GUACAUGAAUGGCAGCAUGUAUACGUUAUCAGUAUUUUAAUUCUAUAGUAAAUAGAAGCUCGUCAAUCUCAUUUACGUACGUAUGUAAAUACACAUAUUCAUUUAUUAGUCCCGCGUUGCCUGUUUGUUACAUAUGAAUUCCGACUCUUAGUAAUAUCCGAAGCCUACGAUGUUCCUGUGAGUCAACACUGUUGCAGUCAUAACCAAACCAUAUUCGUCUAUGAAAGACAUUUAGUCAUACACGAAUCGACAAUGCAUUACUUUAAUUUCACUACGUAACAACUACAUAGUCGUUUAUUUAAAUUGUUUUGUCCUCAUAUGUAAUACUAAUUCUCCCCUAAUGGUCUUUAAAUGAUCCUUCUCUUUCAGACAAACGUCCGCGCAUUACAUUUCAGAAACUAUAAUUACAUCAAGGAAAGUGUAUUUUAAGACAAAAACGAUUUUUGAAAAUGGAAUCACGUGAGAAAGACGUAGCUGUCGAGGUUAGCGUGACUACACUCCACGCUAAACUUGGCAGCAGCGACCUAACCAAGCCGCCUUAUGCAGGAGUGGAUGAGGCAGGAAAGACUUCAGAGGGUGAGAGGCAGCUAAAAGAUUUGGACGACUUGUUUCCGUACAUAGGCGAGUUUGGAUGGUACCAACGACUUUUGUUCUUGAUGAUGUUACCUUAUGCUACCUUCUUUGCUGUGGUGUACUUCGCACAGAUUUUCAUGACAGUUGUACCUGCCGAACAUUGGUGUAAUGUGCCGGAACUUCAAAAUUUUACUGUUGAACAACGUCGCUAUCUUGCCAUACCACGAAGUGACGAUGGGUCCUACGAGAAGUGCUUGAUGUACGAAGUAGAUUGGAGCAGCGUUUUGUCGAAUGGAACCCGUCAUCCAGACCGCUCAUGGAGUACUUCACUCUGUCGCUACGGCUACGAAUUUGAAUUUACCGACGUGCCUUAUGAAACAAUUGCUACACAGUUAGGAUGGGUGUGUGAGAAAGGUGAAAACGUGGCGACUGCUCAAGCGGUGUUUUUCUGCGGUGCUAUCGUCGGCGGAUUGCUCUUCGGAUGGUUAGCUGACAAGUAUGGUCGGGUGCCCGCAUUAUUCGGAGCUAAUAUGGCAGCACUGGCCGGGGGAAUGGGAACCGCAUUUUGCAACGAUUUCUGGUCAUUCUGCGUGUGUCGCUUCAUUGUCGGCCUCGCUUAUGACAACUGUUUCAUGAUCAUGUAUAUCGUUGUGGUAGAAUAUGUAGGCCCUCGAUAUCGCACGAUGGUUGUCAACCUUUCAUUUGGAGUUUUCUUCACGGGGGCCGCGUGUGCGUUGCCGUGGAUCGCGCUAGCGGCCGCGGAUUGGCGGUUGUACGCCCUCGUCACCACUGCGCCUUUGAUUCUUGCCAUAUUCACGCCAUGUGUCGUUCCGGAAAGCGCUAGAUGGCUGAUAGCACAAGGUCGUAUAGAUGAGGCGAUAAAUGUGCUGAAAAAGUUCGAAUAUAUCAAUAGGAGGAAAAUACCGAACGAAAUUAUGGAAGAAUUUAGGGAAACAGCAGCGGAACUAGCGAAGAAAGAACAAGAGGCCAAAAAUUAUUCAGUGCUAGACCUUUUCCGGAGUCCACGUCUACGACGUCAUACCGUAAUUCUGGUAGUGUUAUGGGCUUCAAUCGCGAUGGUGUUUGACGGGCAUGUGAGAAGCGCCGGCGCUUUCGGGCUGGAUAUGUUUCUCACCUUCACUCUAGCCACCGCCACAGAGCUUCCAGCAGAUUUACUGCUCAUUUUCCUGCUUGACUUCACCGGACGACGUUGGCUGACCUUCAGCACUAUGGUCAUCGGAGGCCUGUUCUGCUUUAUUGUAAUAAUUGUGCCUUUUGGGGUACCGUCAGCAGCAGCUGGAGUAGCAGGCCGGUUUGCAGUAAACAUUGCAUACAAUUUAGGUAUGCAGUUCGCUGCUGAAUUGCUACCGACAGUAGCGCGGGCGCAGGGACUUGGCCUCGUUCACAUCGCAGGCUAUAUCGCUACCGUGCUCGUGCCUUAUAUCAUAUACAUGGGUACCUUCGCUUCUUACAUCCCACUGGUAGUACUGGGAUGCCUAGGGUUUAUCGGAGGCUCAAUGUCACUUUUACUACCUGAUACGACCGGCGAGCCCAUGCCUCAGACGCUAAGAGACGGCGAAGAGUUCGGGAUACACCAAGAUUUUUGGGACGUUCCAUGGCUCAAAAGGUAAGUAGCCACUACCUAGUCGCGUUCACAGACGGAAAUGACUAUAGAUAAAAUA